GUACCGUGCAAUUUCUCGAUCAUAUUUGGCAAUUCUGAUAUGUUAUUCAAAAUACUGUUAUAAACUAGCAUUUUUCAAUUUUAAAGCAUGGACCGUGAAGGGGAACGGGACUUAACUUCACAUAAAAGGUCUAGAAUCAGUGUUCACAGCUGGCUAGUGUUUGUAACAGCAUGUCUGUCCAUGAUGAUAGAUGUCGGCUUCAUAUUUUCGUCCGGUGCCUUGUUUGUUGAUAUCAUGAACACAUUCUCCACGAGCAGAUCCGGUGCCGCUCUAGUCCAGUCAGUCCUUAUGGCUGUGAGGUUCGGGAUAGGUAUGGUAAGUGGGGCUGUGGUUCAGAGAUUUGGGGCGUUGAAGGCAGGUUUCUUCGGAUCAUGUUUGGCGUCAGCGGGUUUGAUCCUGUCCUACUUUGCAACCUCGGUCAUAUUUCUCGUUUUUACCAUGGGUGUUUUAUUGGCAAUGGGGUCGUCUUGCUUGUUCAUUGCGUCUUCCGUGGCAGUUGGUCAACAUUUCAAGGGUAGAACAGGUCUUGUACUCAUGUCUGCACAGAGUGCCGGCGGGGGAUUAGGUGGCAUGCUGUACCCGUUCGUACUCGAAUACCUCGGAGAUCAGUUUGGCCUAAAAGGAGCGUUGUUGAUAGUAAGUGGAUUAUAUAUGCAACUAAUUCCAGCAUCAUUACUGUGGAAAUCACGCGAAAAACGUGUUAAAAAUGCGAAACCCGAUAUUGACAAGCGUAGCCGUGAUAAAACAGACGAAACGUUAGAAGAGAAAGAUAGGGAAUAUACUAAAUUCAUUGAAAGUGUAGAUAAAUAUGAGGAUAUAUCAAAGAUAGACUCUGAUGACACGCAAGACAGUGUGUUGAUUGAACGACAGAUUACCGCUAUAGACGAUCUACGGGAACGUAAAAAAUAUCAGAUACAAAGAGACGAUGAUAUUGAAACAAAACUUGGCAAGGAAGAAUCUGUUUUUGAAACUCUGAAACAAUUAGCAUUUAAUCCUAGUUUCGUAUUAUUUGCAGUAGGAAUGGGAGUGGCAUAUCCUGCGUUAGGAAUUCUAUUUAUAUUUAUUGUAGAUCUAUUUUUAGAUGCUGGUUUAACUGAGGAGGAAGCAUCGUUGGGACUACUUCUGGUUCACAUGUUCAGUAUUUUUGGAAGACUGGUUCCUGGCAUAAUUAUGCAAUCGGGACGGAUUUCAACAUUGUCUGUUCCUAUAUUUGCUGCUUUAGUGACGUCAGGAGCAAUGGUAGGAUUGGCGUUCGUCCAAACACUAGAAAUCAAUCUAUUUUUGUGCUGUUUGAUUGGUCUGCCUUAUGGAAUGUUCGUAUCGGUUUUCAGUGUGACGUCGUUGAAACUCGUUGGAAUAAAACGACUUUCAAAUGCAAUCGGAGUGUUGUUUACUCUAAACGGGUUAGGAAGUGGAUUGGCAGGACCAGUUAGCGGUUUACUGAGAGAUUCUAUGGGUUCCUAUACCAUACCAUUCCUGAUAGCAGCUGGAGUCGUAUUUGCUGGUUCCCUAUUAUUCUGCGCGUCUCUACACGUACGUCGGCAACAUAAACACUACAUUACAGAGACAACCACUCUCUUGCAGGCCGGGAAUCAGACUGCCAUAUCAAACGGUGCCACGUCGUGAAUAUGACACGAAAUGUUUUUACAACUUGAAAACGAUACUUAAAAAAAAUGUGCUUGGUGUCUAGGUAAAGAAAGGAUGAAAAGAAUUGCUAAUUGUUGAUUUUGUACUUCCGGUCAGAUUGUGUACGAGAGAAAAUGAAGGAAAUUUUGAAGUGAUAAGCAAUGUUGAAGAUAAACACAUGCCAUGUAAAAUAACAUUAUUGUGGGCCUAAUGGUUUCAAAUUUAUUUAAUAGGUACAUUUUUAAUUAGACAAAAUAAUGGACGGACAUACGGAAUUCCUCACAACAGGAGUGUGAGCAUUUUUUGUUUUGUCUGUUAUGUUUUUAUUCUUGUUUAAAGUACUCAGUGAGGUCAAUAAAGUAUCCUAA